AUGGAGUUGAACACAACCGACAAGCAAGUGCAUACUCGCCGUUUUUCUUCACGUGAAAUUGAAGUUAUAUCAGGCUUGCUUGCUGGAUUCUCAACAACAAUCGUCACCCACCCCCUAGAUGUUAUCAAGAUCAGAUUACAAUUAUCUCGAGAUACACCCAAAACUACGCAUCCUUUGGAAUCAAUAAUAUCUGUGAUCAAAAAGAUAAACCAAGAUGCAAAAGUAGCAUACAAAUUGAAUCACAAGCCCAAGGCAUUCAAUUAUUUGAUCCAGUACUAUCGAGGAAUCACUCCAAACUUGAUCGGAAACAUUUCUGCUUGGGGUAUCUAUUUUGCCUUGUAUGCCGAAUUUAAAAGUAAAGUUAAGACAAACAAUACUACAAUGAAUUAUUUUGCCUCGUCGGUAUUAGCGGGGUUAUCGACGUCCAUUAUAACUAAUCCAUUAUGGGUGUUGAAAACACGAAUAUUAGGAAGUUCAAGAAAUGAAUCCAAUGCUUAUAGAUCAGUUACAGAUGGCAUAAGACAAAUGCUAGCAAAAGAAGGAAUAACCAGCUUCUGGAAAGGAACCAUUCCCAGUCUUUUUCUGGUUGUACAAGCAAGUUUACAAAUUACCAUCUAUGACCAUAUCAAAGUGUAUUUACUGAGUCCUCAUCAUAAGUCAGAAAGUAUUGGUGCAACGUCUCAUUUGUCAACUUGGCAGUACUUGUAUUCUUCAGCAUCGUCGAAAAUCAUUAGUAUGUUGAUUCUAUAUCCCACUCAGGUCGUUAGAUCACGGCUACAGUAUUCCCAAGACUCUUCACUGAGUAUUGUUUCCAUAGUUAAAGAGUUGUACUAUAAAGAAGGAGGAUUAAAGGGGUUCUACAAAGGAAUAGGUGCAAAUAUUCUAAGAGUUCUACCUGCAACGUGUGUUACUUUUGUUGCUUAUGAGAACGUCAAAAGAUAUCUUAUGUAA